AUGAACGCGGUGCGCACGAAUGGCUCGGCCGGCACAGCGUGCAUGUCUUGCGUGGUGGUGGUGGAGGCCAAGCUGAAGACGCGCAAGGCCCAUACGUGGCGCGACGUCUGCCAGGCAGCACACCAACGGCAGCAGGGACUCUGGACGCAGCCGGCUUCUCUGGCCGGCAUCGGCUGGCAGCACGACAGGGCUGCGGCCAAGCGCUUCAAGGUGACUGGCAGCGGCAAGGUCGUGGCCCGCCACGCCGGCAAGCAGCACAUGAACGAGAAGAUGUCCACCAACCACAAGCGGCACCUGUCGAGCAGCUUCGUGCUGUCCCCCGGGGAUGCCUAUGCGGCCGCCAAGGAGCUGCCUUACGCCGGUGUCCGAUAG